AUGUUUUCUACAUUGAAACGAACAAGUUCCAUAAAGGACUUUGCAUUUUAUUCUUUACCAAGAGCUACACCAUACAAAAUUUCAUUAGUAUCUCUCGAUUGGAUACGUAAAAAAGAUCCCCCUAUUGCGUUAGGACACGCGUGCAUUAAAGCGGCGUUACGUCAAUCAUUCAGACAGUCUCAACUUAUGGUUAACGACCAUACG